AUGUCUUCUACAUUCUUUCAGAAUGUGCCUUCUGAUACACAUGAAUGGGAACAAGCAGCAAUUGCUGCAAGAGUCUUAGGUAGGUCACCGAAGUUUUUCAAACGCUUUCAAUCUGGAUCAGAGGUCACGCAAAAGCAAUUUCUUCUUUACCGCACAAUUUGUCUAGCCAUCGAGGUACCAGAUAGGCUUCGCAUCAGCAAGUUCAACUACUUUCGCCUCCGGGACGCCGAGAGAAUACUACGAGAAUCCAUAACAUUCCAGAAUUAUAUUCUGGCUAUUUCGUUAGGACAGACUCUGGGUUUAGGAGACUUCGGCCUGGUACUAGAGCAACAACUUGAAAUAAGGGAAGUUUUGGAAGACCCUAUUAAAAUGCAGCUGAAACUUACCGAGUUUGAUGAAUCAAUUGUGAACACCAGUUUGAUCUAUUUCUUGCAGGCUUUGACCAGAACAAUCCCUCCAGACACUCCGAAUCACCCUAGGUGCAAGUGGAGGCUCAAAAAGAUCGCCCUCCGUGCUCACUUUGGAAAUGUGAACGGGCAAAAUCAUGGGUUUGUAGCAAUUACUGAUGGUCAAAUGCAAGAUAUUACUACCGGUAGAAUAAAGGCCAUUGGCCAAUGCAAAAAGGGUCGCAGGCAAAAUCAUACACCACAGGUUGACAUGCAAGAGGCUUCAGAGCUCGUGGCAUUGAUUAUGGAAUACCCUGAUGGCAGACUACAGCGAGUCAUGAUAUCGCAAGACGGUGAUGAGAUAUACAUUACAUUUGCCCAGUACGGAACGAACUGGGUGAAACACAUUAACUGUCAAUCAGUCUUGAGGCCUGGCUUUAUGAUUCUGAGACGAUUUGGACCUUGGAAAAUCGGAGACCCUGCCGAUAUGAAACAUCUAGCAACUAUUAUGCUUACAAUCAUCCUUGGCUGAUUUCUCGGCCAGGAUGCAAUACCGGUUUUCAUUGACCAGGCUAAAUCUGCCGGCUUUCUUUUUGCCAGGCUGUAAUGCCGGUUUUUUUUUUUUUCUUUCCAGGCCAGCAAUACUAUGCAUAAUCAACUCUCCCUGCAGGGAUUCGAAGUCCUAGCUCAUGUAUAGACGAUCAAAGCAAAUAAGUACAGAACGAAUAAAUAAAGGAUUAUUGGCAUACCCCAUAUAAUUACAGCUCAGAUUGGUAAGUAGGAAAAGUAAUAUACUUUCAU